CUGAGCAAGAAACGUACGAAAGCGCGCAUAUUGAGUUAGUUACCAUACUUUUCGAAUAAUAUUUUAAUAUUAGACAAAAAUUGUGAUGUGUGAAAUGCUUUAGAUGAGCGAAGAUUAAAAAAAAUUAUAAAUUUAUACUACGAAAAUGUGCAGCUUCUUCAACGACAAUUAAUCUGAUUAAAAUCGACGCUAAUGACACCAAAGCAAAUAAUCUAAAAGUUUCCCCCAAAAAUACACUGCCUUAAAGGUGUUACAAGUACUGAAAGAUAAAAAUCCUAAACCAAAUUAAGAAAAUAACGGGAAAACAACAGCAACAAUACAAUCAACAGUACACAAAAUGCAACUGAGUACAACGAAACGGCAAAGAGAGCGGCACUUGCCGCCCAGCAACAGCAAAAACAACACAACAACCUCCAACAGCAGCGCCCACGCAUGCAGCUAUAGCAACAACAACAACAGCAGUGUCAGCAGCAUCACAAAGCUUUACAGCAGUCGAGUGCCGUUGCUGCUGCUGCUGGUGCUCCUGCUGGCGUGCAGCAGUCACGGCUACAACAUCGAUCUGCCCAGCUAUGUGACGCACGUGCGCGAACCGAAUACAAUGUUCGGCUUCAGCAUCGCGCUGCAUAAGGGCGCUAGCGGAUAUGCACAAUCGAAUUCUUUAAUUGUUGGCGCUCCUAAAUUCGAUACCUCCUCAUACCAACAGGGUGUGGUAGAGGCGGGUGCCGUCUUCAAGUGUGGCAUGAGUGACGGUGAUUGCAAUUUGGUGAAAUUUGACUCCUCAGGAAAUCAUCGCAACACUUACGGCGACGUUAUCGAACGAAAAUCUUAUCAGUGGCUCGGUGCCACGGUCUCCACCAGUCGUGACAAUGAUUUGAUUGUGGCUUGUGCUCCACGCUACGUCUUCCACACAAUGACACCGAAUAAGUCACUGCGUUAUGACCCAGUCGGUACGUGCUUUACAUCCAGGAAUUUGACGCAUUUCAAUGAAGUCUCACCCUGUCGCACAAACAACUGGGGUUACCAUCGACAAGGCUCUUGUCAGGCUGGCUUUAGUGCGGCAGCAAGCACUCGCGGUGAUCGUUUGUACAUUGGUGCGCCCGGCAGUUGGUACUGGCAAGGACAAGCCUACUCAAUAUCACCAGAUGCAACCUUUCCAUAUAAGCCGCCAUUUUAUCAGCCCUUCGGCACCGGAGGUCAAACAUAUUCGUAUGACGUAACACGUCCGGAAAAUCAAGUGUACUCAACGGCCGAGAGUAGCUCACAAGACGAUGACUCCUACUUGGGCUACUCAAUGACCACUGGCAAUUUCAAUGACGAUCGGUUUGAGGACAUAGCGAUCGGAAUGCCACGUGGUGCCGGUUUGCUCGGCAAAGUUGUCGUGAAUCAUUGGAAUAUGACAAACAUAUUCAAUUUCACUGGCCAUCAGAUUGGCGAAUACUUCGGCUAUGCGCUUGCUGCGUGCGAUGUUGAUGGCAAUGGUUUGGACGAUUUAAUCAUCGGCGCGCCGAUGUAUAGCGAGCCGGGAAAUGUGGAGGGUAAAUACGAUGUGGGGCGUGUGUAUGUCUUCUUGCAGAUGGAAAGUGGUCCACGUUGGCCAAUCGAGCAUAUACGCGAAGGUUACAAUACGAAAGGCCGUUUCGGCUUGGCGCUCACCACGCUCGGUGAUAUCAAUCGUGAUGGUUAUGGUGAUUUCGCUGUGGGUGCACCCUAUGAUGGACCUGAAGGUCGUGGUGUCGUUUACAUCUUCCAUGGUUCACCGAAUGGUCCAUUGUUGAAACCAUCGCAGAUUAUCAAAUCGGAGGAUAUUGUUGAGGGCGCACCAUAUCCACACACAUUUGGUUUUUCACUUUCCGGUGGACUUGAUAUGGAUGGCAAUACAUAUCCCGAUUUGGCGGUGGGUGCUUACGCCUCCGACAAAGUAUUCAUUUUCAAGUCACGUCCUGUGGCGGCGGUCAAUGCGAUGACGUCUUUUGUCAACCAAUCGAAAUUGAUCAGUUUGGAUGAUCGUAAAUGUCAGACAGUGCGUGACGGUAAACGUGUGCCAUGCACGGAAAUUAUGACCUGUUGGAGUUAUACGGGCGAAUAUUUGCCACGUAACCUAGAUUUUGAUGUGUCCUGGGUAUUGGAUGCCAAGAAACCGAAGAAGCCGCGUAUGUUCUUCCUGCUCGAUGAAGGCAAGAAUAUACGUAACUUGUCGAUUAGUUUACAAUAUGGUAGAACUUAUUGUCGGAAUGAGACUGUUUAUCUAGUGGAUAAUGUGCAGGACAAGCUAACACCCCUGGAAGUUGAGAUGCGCUAUGAUCUGCGCAGCAGACGUCCCUUGGCUCCCGUAAUUAGGCGUAAACGUGAUUUGCUCGAACCCGUGAUUGAUCAGAAUCGCGAGAUCAUUUUGCGUGAUGCCAUCAAUAUACAAAAGAAUUGCGGUUUGGAUAAUAUCUGUAUACCCGAUCUACAGUUGGAUAUUGUGACCGUCGACAAAUACCUACAUGGCUCACACAAGCCUCUAAUUGUUGAAGUAACAGUCACGAAUCGUAAUGAAGAUGCUUUCGAGUCUGCUUUCUACAUGGUCAUGCCAAAGGAUUUGGACUUUAUCAAGAUUGAAAAUUUGGUCGAGAAGGGUGAUACGCCCAUAACGUGUUCGGCACCUUCCGAAACGAACAACUACACGCUAAAAUGUGAUCUUGGCAAUCCGUUGCAGGAGAAGAAAUUUGCGAAAUUCAAUGUGAUCAUGUUGCCAUCGCAGACUUUCGGCAUGUCUCCCAGCUAUCACUUCUACAUGGAGGCCAAUUCGACCAAUGCCGAAAUCGAUGGAAAUCAACGCGAUAAUGUUGUAAUUAAAAACAUUGACAUUUGGGUGGAAACCGAUUUGGAUAUAGAAGGCGCCUCACUGCCCGAUUUCCAACUCUACAAAGCAUCCGACUAUUUGGCCAUCGAAAAUGCUACCAAAGAGGAGGAUUUGGGUCCACAAGUUGUACAUCUCUAUAAUAUACGCAAUAAUGGACCAUCUUACAUCGAGGAAGCUGUUAUACUCAUACAUUAUCCCAAUGAAACUAUGGGCGGUGAUCUCUUGAUGUACAUGUUGAAUCAACCGGAAACACACGGCAAUAUUGUAUGUGACCCGCAUUUGGGUGUCAAUCCGCUACGCUUGAAAUUGGAUAAUAACUUGAUGUACAAAUCGUAUCUGCGAGAGCGUGGCGUUAUUUUCUCCACCGAUGUGAGUAGCAGUAGCGCCUCGAGCUCUGCGUCUGGUUCUGGCUCAACAAUUUACAGCGGUGUCGAGACGGCUGAAGGAGCCAGCGCUGCUGGUACAGCUGUAACUAUAGGCCGCGGUACCAAGGAGCUAAGCGCAGAGGAGAGGAGACGUCUUGAGAAGGAGGACGAACAAGAGGGUACUGGCGAUGCUUCGGCUACACAUAUACAACGUGCGCACGAAGCCGCCGUGUCGAGCUCGCAAUCGAGUUUCGGUGGUGCAGGCGCUGGUUAUGGUGGUGGUGCUGGUACUGGCACCGGUAGCUCAUAUCAAUGGUCCACAUCAUCUUCUUCCUCUGGUGGUGGCAGUGGUGCUGGCGCGCAUGGUCCCACUGUUAUUGUACGCACAAAGAACACGACCACAAGUUACGAUGCCAGCGGACGUCCGUAUGUUGUGGAGAGCAGCACCGAAUACUCAACUAGUCUGGAUCGUGCUGGACAAUACUAUGCCCAACCUUUGAAUCAGGGACACCAACAGCAUGCAGGAAACUACCAGCAAGCGGGUGGUUUUGCUGCUGAUAAUAUUCAUGGUAAUUAUGGGGACGCGCAGAGCACACAAGGUCAACAGCAUUCAGCGAACUACCAACAAGCGGGUCGUUUUGGUGCUGAUAAUAUUCAUGGCAAUUACGGUGGCGCGCAGAGCACACAAGGUCACAUACAAAUGGCUGGACCGGGUGGUAGUAGUCAACCAGAGCAAUCAAUGUACGCCAACUACCAAGGCUCAUCGGGUGGCGCUUACCGACCAAAUCAACUGAGACAGCAACAACAACAGCAGCAGCAGUACCAACAAAAAGCAUAUCAGCCUUAUGAUGCGCGCCGCGGCUCAGUCUCAUCAUCGGCCACUUAUAAUAGCAACAACAACAAUUUUAAUAACUUUGGAGGCGCCGUUGGUGGCAGCAACUACGACAAAGUCAACACAAAUGGUCAGGGCUUCCAAGCGGGUGUUUUGGAUUUGGGCACAAUGCAUCGUGAUAAUGUCGACAACGAACUGCGUCAACACGAUGGACAAUUCGGUGAUAACGGCGGCACCUCUUAUGGCUAUCAACAAACCUACACACGUCGCGUACGUUCGCCAGCUGGCAAUAAACCUUACUAUGGCAUGGAGAACGAAGACUAUUAUGAUGAAGAAGCUAUUCAACAAUCAGCGGGUCAACGCCAAGUAAACGUGAGAAAUUCUCCCGCAACGCAGGGACAACAACAACAACAGCGUAGUGCAGCCUAUCAACAGUCACAGUCGUCGAGCUCUUACUCCUCCACCGGUGGUAGCCACAAGGAAUCAUCUUCGUCGUCAUCAUCGUCGUCGUCCUCAUCAGCUUCGCAAUCAUCUUUCUCAUCGGGUUCACAACUAGCCGCAGAGGCCGACGAACUGACGCAGAUCGAUUGGGUAUCACCCUGCAAGGCGGCAAAAUGUCAGACGCUACGUUGCGUCGCCAAGAAUCUGGCCAAGGAUGAGGGCGUAUGGGUGGCUAUACGCAUGCGUACGGUGGCAAAGACAAUGGAGAAAUUAGCCGGUAAUUUACCGUUGAAUGUCUCCACGAUGGCCGCGGCGAAUGUGACGCGUUUGCCAUAUAUUGGCGAGCCGAAGGUGCCGAUCAUAAAGACGCAUGAAAUAUUUUACAAAGCCGAGCCGGAACCCAUACCAGUGCCGGAUGUGGUGCCACUGUGGGUGGUGGUGUUGGCGGCGUGCGCCGGUGCGCUCAUUCUGUUGUUGUUGAUAUAUUUACUGUAUAAGUGCGGCUUCUUCAAUCGCAAUCGCCCACGUGAUCACUCUAUGGAGCGGCAGCCACUACGUAACGGUUAUCACGGUGACGAGCAUCUGUGAGCGCUACCGAGUCCAUAAAAUGGGCCGAAACCCCACCAAAAGUAAACACCUAAAAAUGCAUAUCACUUUUUGACCUUUAUCCGACAUUUCAAGGCGGUUUUGCAUUGAGAUUAAUUGUUGUUGUGCGCGUGAACUCUUACGCGUUUGUUUGCGGCGAAAACGACGGUGCUUGCUCAGCCGCAUUGUGUGCGUUGUGUGCGAUCUUUCGCAGUAACUAACCAAAACAAAGCCAAACGAAAGCGACAUAUUUGGCUUCCACUUCUACUCGGCUCCGUGUAAAAUUAUUUGCUAUUUAACCCUUUUUUAUAAUUAAUUUUUAAAUAUAAUUUUUUAAAAAAGCUACCAUACUAUCUUUGCUAGUCACGAAAUUUAUUGUUGCAUUUUCCGCUUGCCGGCACGUAAGCGAAAGCUAAUGACUAAGCUUGCGGUCAGGCGAGUUGAAGAGAGCGCAAGCGCGACAAAAAUGUGCUUUUAACAUUUUUAUCGGAGAUUUUAAUGUUUAAAUUGUAAAAAUAUAAUAUUAAUUAAACAAAGAAAUUGAAAAUACUGUUAAUACAUAAGUAAUACUCUAAUGUUGCCUUGUAUAUGAUAAAAAACAGAGAGCGUACUAAACGAAAACUAGUUAUUUCAUGUUGUUGUAAAGCGAAAAGUGCUAAUAUUAAUUUUAAUAAGGGCCAAGGCCAAUAAUUAAAGCAAAAACAAGAAAAAAACUAUUAAUAAUAAUUAAAAGUGUGUUUGAGUGUGCGUAUGUGUGGAACUAUAAGUGUGUUAGGGUGCGUAUGGUACUGUUAAAAGCUAAGGUAAAAAAAAAAAAUAUGAAAAACGAAAACACGAAAUGCGAAUUUGAAAGAAAUAAUUUAACUAAUUAUGUUAAUAAUUAAAUAUUUUUUUUUUAAUAUUUAAUAUUUUUUAAUAUUUAAUUAAUUUUUUAAUGUCUACUAACCCAUAAAUGUUAUUUGUAAAUACAAUGUGAAACUGUAAGCAUAAUUUUAUUGGGCUUAAAUUGAAAGCACUGCCUUUUCUACAAGAAAAUCACAACAACAAUAGAAAUUUAUGUACAAUACAAGCUGAAAAAGUGUAUAAAAUAAAUGUAUUUAUAAUAAAAAAAAAUUAAAUAUUGUUAGUUCUACCGAAUCUCUUGCUUUAUUUAGCAUCACCGACAACCAAUAAGCCGAUGAAAUAACGAUUCGGCUUCGGCUGACGAGUGCAGGUUUACUAUUAUGCAGCAUUAAGAAAUUUAAUGAAAAAGCUGAUUUUGAUACUAAGCAUUAUUAUUUAUAUAAUUUAAAACUAAUAUAUUUGCUUACAUUUUAUUUUAAGUUUUCUUUUUAUUAGCUGGCUUAAUUAAUUUAUUAACUGUACUUAUCAAUUGCAGAUUUAUAUUUUUUUAAGUUUAUAAAUAAACGCAGCGUAAGAAUAAUUUAAAUUAAUAAAAAAAAAAUAUUUUUGUGUAAAAAA